AUGCCUAUGAAGUGGACCCCCGAUAAAGACCAGCUCAUGUUCAUGAUGCUUCUCAAGACACACAACAUCUCGAUCAACUACGGCGCCAUUGCUCAAGCCUGGCCUGAUGACCAGGGCGAGAAGCCUACUCCUCGCGCCAUCUCCGAGCGUCUCAUCAAGAUGAGGAAGCUAGUUUCCGCCAGCUCGAACGGCUCCGCCGCCGCCGUCGUCAAGCCGCGCAGCGUCAACUCCACACCUUCGAAGCCGAAGCCGGUGAGGCCCCCGGUCAGCGGCGGCGGCGCCAGCACUCCCUCGAACAAGAGGCGCCGCGUCGACGACGACGACCGCACCAUCAGCCGCCAGGAGCUGAGGGAGCUCGGCAUCGCCAACCGCACCUCGCCCACCCCGCGUCAGGCACCUGCUCCCGUCAUGGCCGCGCGCCACAGCACCGUCGCCUCCACCGUCAUGCCGACCAGCGAGACAUCCCCUCCCCGCACCUUCGGCAGCGUUCAGGCUCCUCCGUCGCGCGCCCCGACUGCUGCCUCCGCUCGUCCCAGCGCUGCUCCGGCCGUUGCUGCCACCACUGCCCAGCGCUCUCUCUCGGCCAACGCACAAGCUUUCGCUGCCAGGACUCCGGUCAGCAUGGAGCCGACCGCCGGCCUGGCUCGCCUGUCCGUCACGCCUGGUGGUGGCAGUGUGCGCCCUACUCCUCGCCGCGGUACGUCGGUGCUUGCUCCCAUCAAGCUCGAGGACUCUGGCGAUGACGACGACGCUCUGCAGCCAUAUGACUUCGAGGACGACUCGGACGUGUCUGACUGGGCCGAGGAGGUCUGA